AUGCCUAUAGGAAACAGGCUGCUGCUGCCAUCACCUGCUGUAAAGCAAGAAUCCAAAACAUCAGAGGAAAACGUUGGUCUCAUUGUCUAUAAUGGAGCCAUGGUGGACGUGGGGAGUCUCUUGCAGAAAUUAGAGAAGAGCGAAAAAGCACGAGCUGAAAUGGAACAAAAGCUUCAAUCACUGGAAGAAAAAACAGAUGAAGAUGAAAAGACUAUAUUGAAUUUGGGGAACUUAAACAAAAGCCUCUCUGUGGAAAUUAAAGAGGUGAAAAAAGAGCUCAGCAAGCUGCAGGAGAACUUGAAGAUAUCAGAAGAUACAAAUUUACAGUUUGAAGGGCAGCUGACUAAGACCAUCAAAGGUUUGGCAACCGUUAUGGAUGAAAUACACAUGGUUCUUAAGAAGGACAGUGCGAAGAAUGAGGAUAAAGAUCAAACAUCCAAAGAAAACGGAGCGAAUGUAUGACAAACAUGCUGCCGCUGG